UUUGUCUAUACGCAACACGACUGAGCUCGUGAGCUGUCAUCUUUUGGGACAAUUUGGACGCUACUAACACCUUCUGCUGCACAAACUGGAUCUUUUACAGACUCUUGUUUCGAGGAGGGAUUAGCAGAAACGACAACGAGUUAAAUUAUCGAUAUUAAAGUGGUAAAAAGAACGCGUCUUGUCACGUGACCAAUGCUGGCCAAUCACCAAGAGACUAGCCCCGAUUGAAGUCUGCUCUUUGUUUGGAUUACUUUGGCGUUUCAACCCGAAACUGUUGAGAGGAAUUAUUUUCUGAAUUUCCACGUGGGGGACGCGAAGAGGACGAUUUUCUUCGCUUCACCCCAUCCCUUUAAAUAAGCACGUCGGGGACCCAUGUUGGAUGGGGUCAUUUGAAUUGCAUAGCAAUUGUUUCCAAGUUUGGCUCAACUGUUGGGAUUCGGGGUGUAUCUGGUCACGUGAUUUCCCCUCCCCCACCCUUCCCCGAAGAAUGGUUGAAGGGCGGACAUGUUGGAGGGAAUAUGUUGCGUAAAAAAAGUAUCGAGUUGGAAGACCAGAAGAUGUUUUCAAGACAAGUUUCGCCGUAUUUUUUGGAUUUACCAAUCGGCAUUUGUCUUUAUUUGAAUCCUUAGGAUUUGGGGGGUAUACUUUUUUGGACAUCUCUUAUCUCUCAAAAUUUCACUCUGAUCACAAAAUAUCCCGCACCACUACACUGCUUUCGUUUUUUUGUAGUGUAUUCAUAUUGUGGUUUGAUUAGCAUGUUUCAGUGACAUUGUUGGUCGUCUGUAACCUUGGGGAAUGGGGGAUGGGCGCAUGUGAUUGGGUAACCAUUGACACGUUGGACGAAUUUGUUGUCGGGGCGUUUGGUUUAGUUUUCUUGCAUGUAGGCAUUGUUUUGUGAUGUUACGGAUAGAUUUAACUUUAGCUAUUUGCUACCAGGUUGUACUAUUGGUGACGUAACGCGUUUAGCAAGAGUGCGAAUUGUUUUACCGGGCGUAAAAGAAAUUGGCAGCCAUUUCCAAUUCAAGUAGUUCUAAGCCGGUGAUUAAACUGCUGCGUCAUCCUGUUGUUCCGGUUGCCCGGCAUGCAGUCAUUGAACUUUAUGAUAAAAGCUAUUUUGAUCGCCACCUUUUUUUCUUUUAUGAUGUCGCCACGUUUGAGUAACCGUUUCGAUAAUAUAUUCUUUGUUGGCCACGCGGGUCAUGUUCUAUGUCAUUCCGUCCGUUUGUGUCUUUCAGUUAAGGCAAACCACGAUCGUCGGUGUCGUUUCGGUUCGUUUGUCACACGUAGUGUGUGUUUAGAGAUAUCGUUCGGGAAAUUUAUUCUGAUCCCUGAGCACAAUUCAGUAAUUUAAACCGUCGUCGUCGUGCUUUAAGAUGGCGACCGGCGCCCCUCUGCGGCUGAUCUUCUGGUAAGUGGGGAGAAGCCUGAACUGGCUGGUGGCUGCGUCGUCCCGCGGCUCGACCAAUCGGCUUGAGAAAACGCGCACAGAAAGCCCGCGUUACGCACGCAGUGGCCAAUCACCGCCUUUGCUUUGCAUACGUUGACAUAAUGUAAGACCUUCAAGUUCGGAGGCGCUUUCAACGUCCUUGCGUGCUCGUAAUCACGAAGAAGGAAAGAACACGAUUUAGGGUGAGAAAGGCCACAAAGAGUGAAUCACGGUUUUGCGCGAUUCUCUUUACAUGAAAGGACGUGCUUUUAAGCCUUUUUUCACCUCAAAGGCUUAACCGGCCGUUUCGGGGUGUGGUGAGGUAGCCUUGCAACGCAAUGAGCCAAUCGCAACUCAGAGGGCGGGGACGUUUUCAGCACGCGUGGCCAAUAGGGUGACUCGUGGGUUUAUAAAGCAGCUGGCGUAGGGAGACGAGCGCCAUUUCCACGAAGGAAGAGGAAGUUUACGUUGCAGUUGGAGAGCGCCGGUAAAGAAAAGGGGCAAAAAAAAAAAAACGCAGGAAGCGGAACAGAACCGGAUACUGGAUUGAAUAUAGCAAAACGCAAUCCGGAUCCAUCCUCAUGGAUAUGGCCGUAAACCCGCUGAUUGACAGCUCCCAUGGCGGGCUAGAUGUCGGCCUAAUGGGGAUCACGGCCCUGGAGCAGAGUUCCGGCGCGGCCGGGAAAAGGAUCCGGAAACCGUCCCUGCUCUACGAAGGAUUUGAGAGCCCGGGGAUGCCCCCGCACAGCCAGACGACCGGCCCUGGCCCCACACAGUCCCUGGUGAAAGACCCCGGGCGACGGGGGAAGAUGACCAACCAGCUGCAGUUCCUGCAGAAGGUUUUGCUGAAGUCGUUGUGGCGCCACCACUUUGCUUGGCCUUUCCACGAGCCGGUGGACGCCGUCAAGCUCAACCUGCCUGACUAUCACAAGAUCAUCAAGAUCCCAAUGGACUUGGGCACCAUCAAGAGGAGGCUCGAGAGCAACUACUACUACAGUGCCAGUGAAUGCAUGCAGGACUUUAACACCAUGUUCACCAACUGCUACAUUUACAACAAGCCAUCUGAUGACAUCGUCUUGAUGGCCCAGUCGCUGGAGAAAGCAUUUCUACAGAAGGUGGCUCAGAUGCCGCCCGAGGAGGUGGACCUGAGCCCCCCCCCUGCGCGCAGCAGACCCAUCAAAGUGGGAAAGCGGGGCAGGGGAAGAGUUAGCGGGCGGCCCAUCAAGCCCCCCAAGAAGGACCUGCCCGACUCCAUCCUGCCCACGCCGGUGCGUCGCAGCAAGCUGACGCCCCAGCUGCGCUAUUGCAGCGGCGUCCUGAAGGACCUCCUGUCCAAGAAGCACGCCGCCUACGCCUGGCCCUUCUACAAACCCGUUGACGCCUCCUCGCUCGGGCUCCACGACUACCACGAAAUCAUCAAGCAGCCCAUGGACCUCAGCACGAUCAAGAGGAAGAUGGACAGCAGAGAGUAUGCGGAGGCUCAGCAGUUUUCGGCCGACAUCAGACUGAUGUUCUCUAACUGUUACAAGUACAACCCCCCCGAUCACGAUGUGGUGACAAUGGCUCGUAAGCUUCAGGAUGUUUUUGAGUUCUGCUUUGCCAAAAUGCCCGACGAGCAGCCGGCGCCCCCGAGCUCCUCGUCUUCCUCCUCCUCCUCGUCCUCGUCGUCUUCCGAGAGCGAGCUGAGCAGCGAGGAGAGCGAGAGCGAGAGCAGCCCCAGCUCGGACUCCGAAGAGGAGCGAGCCAACCGCCUGGCCGAGCUUCAGGAGCAGCUGAAAGCCGUCCACGAGCAGCUCACGGCGCUCUCUCAGGGCCCCAACCUGAAACCCAAGAAGAAGAAGGAGAAGAAGGACAAGAAGAAGAAGAGGAGGAAAGGCGAGAAGCACCCAAAGGUGGAAGAAGAACUGGUCUCCAUCAGGCCCACCAAGCCCUCCAAAGUUGCCAAAACUCCCAAAACUAAGAGCAACAAGGCCGCGGGAACCCUGAUGCCAAUCAAGAAGAGCCAGAGCAAGAAAAACAACAAGAGCAAGUCCAAAAAGGGAGGCGUGAUGUUCAGCGUGCCGCCGGCCAUCCCGGAGCCCCUCAUGCACCAUUUCGACUCUGACGAGGAGGAAGAGACCGCGCCCAUGUCAUACGACGAGAAGCGGCAGCUCAGCCUGGACAUCAACAAGCUGCCCGGCGAGAAGCUGGGCCGCGUCGUUUACAUCAUCCAGUCGCGAGAGCCGUCCCUCCGAGACACCAACCCGGAGGAGAUCGAGAUCGACUUUGAGACGCUCAAGCCUUCCACGCUGCGAGAGCUGGAGCGCUAUGUCAUGACAUGCCUGCGGAAGAAGCCGCGCAAGCCUUACGCCAUCAAGAACAGCGCCGGAAAGUCACGGGAGGAGCUGGCAUUGGAGAAACAACUGGAGCUCGAGAGAAGGCUGAUUGAUGUCAGCGGGCAGCUCAACUCUGGCAAGAAGCCCGCCAAAGCCAAGUUGGAGAAACCGACCGCAGAGUCGAGCACUCAGCCGUCACGCCUCAGUGCCAGCAGCUCCUCCUCAGACUCCUCCUCGUCUUCCUCAUCCUCAUCAUCCUCCGACACCAGCGAGUCCGACUCUGGCUGAGGGCCAGAAGACUUUCAGAUUGUGUUUUUGUUUUAACCCCUUUAUUUUAUUUGCGGGCGGUUACCUGACGAGCCCUCUCGUUGCGCCACUCCCCAACGGACUGGACCAGAACGGCCGGCCCAACCGAGAGAUGGCACCUUCUUUGGGCUGCAUGGGGGGGGCUUAUUCUGG